AUGAGUCAUAGCCAGGAAAGGAUCUCUUCCUACCGCCGCAACUUCGAGGGCGCUCUGGCCUCAUCCCCAUCUUUCCAGAUCCGCGUCUCCAGCCCCUCUCCAAUUCGCAGGAGCAACCGGGGCCGCAAGUCCGGGUCUGGAAGCGGUGCCAUCAUGAGCAUGAGCCUGUGUGUGAGCGGUGCCACUGGGGAGCUGGAUGCGGCGUCUGCAGAGAACCAGGCCUUCCUGGACACCCGCACCACCGAAAAGCAGGAGAUGAUCACCCUUAACGACCGUCUGACCAAGUACAUCGAGAAGGUGCGCUCCCUGGAGUCUCAGAACAGGAGUCUGGAGGCGGAGAUCGAAGCGCUGCGCCGCGGUCCCUCAGGCCUGUGCAUGGUCUACGAGGAACGAACGAGGGAGAUGAGGAGGGUGGCUGACCAGAUGAUGGCUCAGAGGGACCUGGCGGUUGCAGCUAAGGAUGCCAUGGGUGUCCAGGUGGAGAUGCUGAAGGCCAGGUACAGUGAGGCUCUGGAGGCCCACAAGAAGGCUGAGGCGGAAAUCAAAGCUGUCCGCCCCGAUGUGGAUGCUGCUACUGCUGGCCGCAUCACCCUGGAGAAACAGCUGGUUAACCUGGAGCACCAACUGGAGUUCCUGCAGAGGGUCCACAAGCAGGAAAUCGAAGAGCUGAUGGCUGAGAUCUACAGCUGGGUGGCUAAGGGGGGUAUGACGUUUGGUCUCGCCAACCUUGGCCCUGCACUCAAGUCCAUCCAGGCACAGUACGAUAGCAUGGCGACCAAGAAGUUACAGGAAAUGGAUGCAUGGUACAAGACUCAAUUCCAGGACAUGUCGCAGAAGUCAACGAAACGCUUGGAAUCUAUCUGCAGCGCCAGAGAGGAGAUCAGGGGGCUGAAGACAAAGAUUCGUAGUAAGCAGGGGGAGCUGGAUAGGCUGAGGACCAGGAGCGAGGUUCUGGAGGCAAAGCUGCGUGAUGCUACUGAACGCUACAGGAACGAGGAAGAGACUCUCCAGGCUAGAAUUGAUACUUUCAAUCAGGAGCUGAGUGCCAUCAAGAGCAAGAUCAUUGUGACGCUGAAGGAAUACGAAGACCUCCUGAAUGUUAAGAAGUCCUUGGAGAUGGAGAUCACAACCUACAGGAAACUGGUCGAGGGGGAGAACACCCGCCUGAACAGCAUGGUGAGCCGCUUGCCCCUCAUGGGCAGCGCUGGCAUGAUGGCAGGUGGCACCUUAGCCAUAAUGGCCGCUGAGGCCGCCGUGGAAAGCGUGCCUGUGAGUGCAAGUAGCGUGUCAGCAACGGAAGAGAUUGCUAGCGUGGCGUCUGAGCUUGAAUCGGCGGCCGUGACCAGCGUUGUGUCCGAUGUUGUGAGCGAGGUGGAAACCGUUGUGAGCGAGGUGGAAAACGUUGUGAGCGAGGUGGAAACCGUUGUGACCGAGGUGGAAACCGUUGCGAGCGAGGUGGAAACCGUUGUGACCGAGGUGGAAACCGUUGUGAGCGAGGUGGAAGCCGCUGUGACCGAGGUGGAAACCGUUGUGAGCGAGGUGGAAGCCGCUGUGACCGAGGUGGAAACCGUUGUGAGCGAGGUGGAAGCCGCUGUGAGCGAGGUGGAAACAGUUGUGAACGACGUGGCCAAUGUCGUGAGCGAGGUGGAAGACGUUGUGAACGAUGUGGCCAAUGGCGUGAGCGAGGUGGAAAACGGCGUGAACGGCGAGUCUAAUGGCGUGAGCGAGGUGGAAAACGGUGGAAACGACGAGUCUGAGGCCUCUUCUGCCGCGGAGAUGGAGCCCGAGAUCGUGGUCAAGACCAUCACCUCAUCCUCCUCCGAGGAGCAGGCCGUGGAGACGAUCUAG